AUGCAUUUUACAGAGGUGAGUGACCUGAAGAAGAAGAUUCAUUGGGCCGAGUCUGAGUUGGAUCGUGCUAAGAGGAGCAUUAAGAACGACGAAGGGGAGCUUCGACAAGCCAAGGAUGAUAUGGCCAAGGCUAAGGAAGAGGCAACCACUUUCAUGAGUCAGCGUGAUUCCGUUAACCGGGCAUUGAAGGAUGUGAAGGCCGAGUUGGAGAGCCGUCUGAAAGAGAAGAUCAUCGAGGAGUGGAAGAGUUCAAAGGAGGGUGAGGCUCAUAAUGUCGAGAUAGGUCUUGAGGCGACAGCUGUUGCUACUUCAGAUACAUUGCGUCGAGUUCAGAUUGUUUUGGCUGAAUUUGCGCCCAGCGUUGGUUGGGAUGAUAUACAAGGGAAGUAUGAUUCUGUUUUGGCCAAGGAGCGAGAGGAUCUCAGGGCUCAGCUGGUUGCUCAGGACAAGGUUGAUGGGGGCGUGGCCGAUUUGUCUGACUCUGGUUCUGCUAGUACUUCGGGUUCUGAUUCGAGCAACAGUGGUGAUGAUGAUGCUGGUAGCCAUGUUGAUGUCGUUGACCCUUAG